AUGAGCCCACGAAAUAGCCUCAAAAGCAUAGUGAAGAUGGCUAAACCCGAUACUGAAGUAUCGAAAAAACUAGGUGAUUUGGAUUAUGAAAAUAGCAUCCAUAAUAUUUCACUGAACACAAAUAAAAAUAUAGCUAAUAUUGUUAAUGCAGAGGAGGAAAGAACGCUAAAUCAUUGGUAUGAUGGGUUUGUUCGUCUAUUUAUAUGGUACCCCUCAUCUUUAGAUAAGAAGGAGAAGAUUUUAUUAUUGAAGUUAGAUAUUUGUAUUCUCACUUAUGUCUGUUGUUCUUAUUUUACAAAAUCAUUGGAUAAGUCUAAUAUCACUAAUGCUUAUGUUUCGGGGAUGGAAAAUGAUAUUAAUUUUGGGGGUGAUGACUUGAGUUAUGCUAAAUCAUUAUAUUCCGCCGGUUAUAUAAUUUCUAUGUGCUUCGGAAUGCUAUUUGUUACGAGGCCUUGGGCACGUUAUAUGCUUCCUGUUUUAGAGUUAAUUUGGGGUGUUUUGACUUUCUGUGGAGCUGCUGUCAGGAAUCCAAGUGAUAUGUUUGCAUUAAGGUUUUUAAUCGGGUUAGCAGAGGGUCCCAUAUUUUGUUCAGUGGUACAUAUUUUAGGAUCUUGGUAUAAAAGAGAUGAGAUAUAUCGUAGGGUAAUGGUGUUUUCUAUUUCUUCAAGUCUAGGUGGGAUGUUUUCGGGGUACUUGCAGUCGGCCGCAUAUGUUCAUUUAAGUGGCAAAGGUGGAUUAGGAGGAUGGAAAUGGGGUUUCAUUAUUGACGGUAUUCUUACUGUUCCUAUAGCUUUGAUUGGUUUUUUUGUUUUUCCGGGUGCACCUUAUCAGGUCAAGAAAUUAUGGUGGCUCUGUCCCGAAGAUAUACAGCUUGCAAAUGAAAGGACUAAGAUCUCAGGUAUUGCAGCUCCUGGUUCAUUGAAUUUAAGUUUGAUAAAGAGAGUCUUUUUAAGAUGGCAUGUGCAUUAUUUUACUGCCUUUUGGGUUCUAUUAAAUGUUGUAGCUCUAACCGAUGGCACUGCAUUUCCAUUGUGGUUGCUGGCAAAUUCCCCUGACCGAUUUUCUGUGACUCAAGUUAACAAUUAUCCAACUAUUCAAGCAGCAGUAGGAAUUGUUGCACAGUUCUUUUUUGCAGGACUUUCAGACACUUUUUCCAUCUACCCUUUUUUGAUAAUUACCCAGUGUCUAUUUAUAAUUUCGUAUUCGUCAUUAGCAGCAUGGAAUAUCCCUGAUGGAUGGCGGUGGGUAUGCUAUUUGAUUAUCGGUUUUGAUGGAGUGAAUCAAGCAAUAAUCUCCGGUUGGAUCAAUAGAAGUUGUAGACACGAUAAUGAAGAGAGAGCUUUUGUCCUUGGGUUUUCUGAUGCUGUGUCUCAAGCAAUAAAUGUUUGGACGAACAUCGUGUUCUAUCCCACAAGUGAUGCUCCAAAUUUUAGAAAAGGAUUUAUAGCAUCCUUAGUAGCUGCAAUUUUGAUGUUGUUUUUACCAAUUUUUGGGUAUAUGGGAGAUAGAUUCGACCGGAAACAACUUCAAAACUCUGUUGAAAAUGACUCUAUCGCUUCAAAUGUUCAAGAAAUAGAUAUCAUAUCUAAAGAGAAAGAAUGA